UCUAGGCCCCUAGCCUUUAAUAGCAGGCCCCUGCCCCCUUUCAGCGACCCGGACCCAGACAGCCCAGCGCGAUCCCGAGCCACCAUCCAUCGUGACAUCUCUAACCCUCAGCAUCCUGAACCUACCACCGACGUGAACGCUUGAGCAAACGAAGAGACGAUCACUCGGUGUAGGCAGCUCGUCGCCGAAGAAUGUCGAAUCAUUGACCGCCAUCGUCCUUGGCUUUCCGUCGCUAUCGCGCUCACUUACGCUCGUUACCCUCGUGUACCACUUGCUUGGCCUCUGCAUUUUUUCCACCGGGUGUUUCCCACGUACAUACCACAUAUCAUGCUGCCUACUUGUGGCACCAGGCGGCAGAGCCUCAUCGUCCUCGCCGUGUUUGCCAUUCUGCUCUGCUCUCUGUUCUACAAUCACAAUGACCUGCGCGUACCGCGACUGCUCGUCGACUCGAGAUUCGUUCCGAAACCACAUCAGCGGCUUCCUCUGCUACCGGUAGCAAAGGAGGACCUUCAGAAAGUGCACGUCCUGCUUCCCGCGCCCAGUCGCGACGUGAGCACAUGCAAGACCAUACUCUCAGCAACGGUCAUGGGGUAUCCGAUACCCCAUAUCCUCGGCCAUGGCGAGGGCGAACAUGACGAGACACUCAUCGGUGGUGGCCGCCACCUGUCCAAGAUCGAAAAGACACUCGAGUGGCUCUCCUCGCAACCCCCCGAGCACGCCUCCGACACGGUCGUCAUCGUCGAUGCCUACGGCGCAUUCAACCACCACCCGUCGAAUCCAACCGCGCACGCCACAGGCGAGGCCUGGUUCCAGCUCCCCCUCGACGUGCUCCUCAAGCGCUACCGCGGCAACCUCGAAUCGUCCAACCGCCGGCUCGCGGAACGCAUGGGCGUCGCCUUUGAGAAGGAGAACGACAUCCGACAGCGCGUCGUCUUUGGCGCCGACAAGAUGUGCACCCCGGCCGACCCCGCCAGCGUCGCCUGCUACCCCAUCCCCGAGAGUCCCCUGCCCAAGGAGAUCUACGGCCCGUGGACGGAGGACAUGCGCCUCAACCACACGGCGCACCUGAACCGCUACCUGAGCGCCAACUUCAUCGUCGGCUCCGUCGAGGACAUGACCCGCGUCUUUACCCGCGCGAGCCAAAAGAUCGACCUGGCGCGCAACAGCACCAACGGCGCCUACGCCAUCAGCGGCAGCGACCAGGCCGUCUUCCAGCACAUGUUUGGCGAGCAAGAGUACCGACGCGAAGCCCUCCGCCGUCGCCACCACGGCGGACCCGCCGACCUCUCCGUCGUCGAGGGCGCCCUCGUCCACAACCCCCUGAACCCGAACUUCCCGCACGAGAUCCCGGACACGAUCAGCAGCCUCCCCGACCUCGGCAUCGCGGUCGACUACUGGGCCGACCUGGCCACGCAGACCGAUCUCCACGAGGACGACGGUCGCUGGCUGACGUACGCGCACGACAUCCCCCCGCAGCUCAUCGGACGACGACCAGGUAUCUGCGUACCCCAGGUCGACGGCGCGCUGCCCCUGGACCUACUCAACAGCACGACCCGUCUUCCGCGCGCCAUCGUCUCGGACGCCGCGCUCUGGAGUCCCGCGCGCGGCUGGGACGAGAUGCCGCUGUACUCGAACCUCUGCCUCGACACCAUCCCCGUGGUCGUGAACCACAAUGGUCCGCAGGAGAACCGCCACCGCGACUGGCCCGAGAUGUGGAUGCAGCCGCACGCUCGUCGCAUUCUCGACGGUCUCAUGAAGAAGACCGAGGAGGAAGGGCGCUACGAGAUUGCCGGGGGCGCGUACAUUGAUUGGGAGUACACCGGCUGGGAGCAGCUCUGUCCCGCUGGGUUCGAGGCGGAGCUGUAUCGAGAGACGGCGUUCUUGGGGGAGCAGUCGUGAAGGGGGAGGGUCAAAAAGAAAAAAUGAUGGGUUCACAUUGCGGUGGCGUUUAUUUUCUCUCCGUGUUGGCGAGAUGCUUGGAGCGGGUCAUUUGGGUUCUAAUAUGUAUGUAAUGAUGUAUGUGUAUGUAUCACCGGGUAUAUAUAUCUGUGAGCAAUCAAGCCUGUCGUACAGGGGGGUAUCGUGUGUUAUCAUCUCGCAUCCCAAUCGUACAGCCCAGUC